GGCACGCAUAAUAAUCGUUGAAUAUAUUACAGAAUAAAACAAGGAUUUAAUCUUAAUUAAGACACCAAAGAUAUUCUUAAAACAAACAACACCGAAAAAUCCGCGCGGCAAAAUUAGCCCAUCAAGACCCCAAUUAUAGCGCUGUCUCUUUUUUUCCUUGUUCAUCCAUCUUCUCUCCUUUGUAGAUUUCAGAGAAACAAUGUUGAUUUAGCAGCAAACCCUUAAAGAAAACCUUAGAAAGAGAUAUAUAGAUAGAGAUUACUUGUCUGUGUGCUUUUGAAUUUUUUUGAUUGCUGUUUAAACCCAAGGGGAAACAAUAGGUGCGUGUGUCUCCAAGAUCGGUGGUGCUUGGCGUCACGGAGGCUCCGAUGUCUCUCCGUCGUCAAAGCACCACCGUACAGGGAGCCAUCUACGCGUCUCCACCACCUCCUACGACGAUGAAGUCAGCAUCACAUUCAGCGGAAAGCUUAGCAGUUUCAGCGGUAACCUAGGGAACGUCAAUGGAAGCAAUAGGAUGAAAGGUCUCUUCAAACAUAAGCCUCGUUCUCCUGGAGAAAUCGUUCGUCAGACACGAGAUCUCAUCGCCUUGUCGGAAAACGAAAACCAAGAAACCGACAUGAAACACUCUAAACGGUUAGGGAUAUGUCCGGAGAUCUGCAGGAACAUUAGGGAAUUGAAAUCGAUCUUGUAUGGAAACAGCGAAGCCGAGCCUGUUGCCGAAGCGUGUCUCUCGCUGACGCAAGAGUUUUUCAGAGAAGACACGCUUCGCCCCUUGAUCAAGUCUCUUUCGAAACUUGACCUAGAGGCGAGGAAAGACGCCACGCAGAUCGUAGCUAAUCUUCAGAAGCAACAAGUCGGAAGCCGACUCGUUGCUUCUGAGUAUCUCGAAUCGAAUCUCGAUGUGAUCGACACGUUAGUCGAAGGAAUCGGCCGAGACCACCAUUUGGCAUUGCAUUACACAGGGAUGCUCAAAGAAUGCGUUCGUCAUCAGGUUGUUGCCAAGUACAUCCUCGAGUCGAAGAACCUCCAAAGAUUCUUCGACUAUGUCCAGCUUCCGUAUUUCGAUGUAGCUACAGACGCGAGCAAGAUCUUCCGGGAGCUUUUGACCAGGCACAAGUCCACGGUAUCAGAGUACCUUGCCAAGAACUACGAGUGGUUUUUCGCGGAGUACAACACGAGGCUGUUGGAGAAAGGGAGCUACUUCACGAAGAGACAAGCUUCGAAGCUCUUGGGAGAUGUGUUGAUGGACCGGUCCAACUCGGGUGUGAUGGUGAGGUAUGUGAGCAGUUUGGAUCAUUUGAGGAUUAUGAUGAAUCUACUCAGAGAACCGACCAAGAACAUUCAGCUAGAGGCCUUUCAUAUCUUCAAGCUGUUUGUGGCGAACGAGAGGAAACCAGAGGACAUUGUGGCGAUUCUCGUCGCGAAUCGGAACAAGAUUCUUCGGUUGUUUGCUGAUUUGAAGCCUGAGAAGGAAGAUGAAGGGUUUGAAGCUGAUAAGUUACUGGUUGUGGGUGAGAUUGCAUCGCUUUCUCUUAAGCUAAGUGAAUGAUGAUGAUGUUGUCAACGUUUGUU